CUUGCAGUCUGCCAUGGGCAGCACGGUGGUCGUGCUGGGAGGGGGCAUCAGCGGCUUAGCCGCCUGCUAUCACCUGUGCCGCGCCCCGCGCCCCCCGAAGGUGAUCCUGGUCGAGGCCAAGGAGCGUGUGGGAGGCUGGAUCCGCUCGGUCCGUGGGCCCGAUGGCGCCGUGUUCGAACUCGGGCCUAGGGGAAUCCGGCCCGCAGGAGUCCUGGGGGCCCGAACCCUACAGCUAGUGUCCGAGCUCGGCUUAGAAUCCGAGGUGCUGCCAGUCAGGGGUGACCACCCCGCCGCCCGCAACCGGUUCCUGUAUGUGAGGGGGGCGCUGCACCCGCUUCCCUCGGGACUCAGGGGCCUGUUCCGCCGCAGCCCGCCCUUCUCCCAAGCGCUGCUCUGGGCUGGGCUCCGGGAGUUGAUCGCAAAGCGCGGCGAGGGCCCCGAUGAGACAGUGCAUAGUUUCACGGAGCGCCGCCUGGGAUCUGAGGUGGCAGCUUUGGCCAUGGACAGCUUGUGCCGAGGAGUGUUUGCAGGGGACAGUCGGCAGCUCAGCGUGAGAUCCUGUUUUCCCAGCAUCUUCCGUGCAGAGCGGACCCAUGGAUCCGUGUUACUGGGGUUGCCUCUGAUGGCCGACCGGACCCCACAGCCCGAUUCUCAUCUUACCCGCCAGGCCCGGGCUGAGUGCUGGAGCCAGUGGUCGCUGCGUGGGGGACUGGACACAUUGCCACAGGCCCUGGAUGACUACCUGAGCUCUCAGGGGGUCCACAUCCUCCGUGAGCAGCCAGUCUAUGCCCUCAGCCUCCAGCCCGGGGGCCGAUGGAAGGUGACCCUUAGGGACAGCAGCCUGGAGGUGGACCAUGUGGUCAGUGCCUUGCCAGCCACAGUGCUCAGCCCACUGCUGCCUGCUGAGGCCGCGCCCCUAGCUGCCAUCCUGUCCACCAUCCGCGCUGUGUCUGUGGCUGUGGUGAACCUACAGUUCCGAGAUGCCCAUCUACCCGUGCAGGGGUUCGGACAUCUGGUGCCAUCCUCCGAGGACCCAUGUGUGCUGGGGAUCGUGUAUGACUCUGUGGCGUUUCCCGAGCAGAAUGGGAGCCCCCCGGGCGUGCGAGUGACUGUGAUGCUGGGAGGGUCCUGGAUGCCCGUGGGGGGCCCUGAACAGUUUCAGCAGCAGGCGUUAGAAGCCACAAGCCGGCAGUUAGGGCUCAAGGGGCCCCCCAGCCAAUGCCUGGUGCACAUCCACCAGGACUGUAUCCCCCAGUACACACUGGGCCACUGGCAGAAACUGGAAGCUGCGACCCAGUUCCUGGCCACCCAAAGGCUGCCCCUAACUCUGGCUGGAGCUUCUUUCCAGGGAGUGGCUGUCAACGAGUGCAUAGAGAGUGGGCGCCAGGCAGCCAUGCAGGUCCUGGGUGGCAUCACAGAACCCUGAGCACCCCACUGUUCCAUUUGUCCCUAUCCAGAAAAUAAAUUCAGGUGUGCUGUA